GUCGCGCUCGGUGGUUGAGGUAGAGUCGAAUCAGCUGGGUUUGCGCGCGCGCGCAAUCGGUGAUCAGCUGCUGCUGGGCCGAGCAGAGCACGCGUGAGUGAUACGAAAAAAAGUGGUGCUCCUCAUCGUCUUUGUCAUUGUGCGCGGUUGUUACUCAUCGUUGUCGUCAUCAUGUUCUCACUUCAGAGAAGUAUCCUGUCAUGCGGCAGAAGUAGCGGCUGUGCGGUCGCUCGAGCAGCCGUGGCAGCAAGUCCCAAGGACCAGCAGCAUCAGCAACAACGCAGAGAUAUUCACGAGGUGCAGGGCGACGUCAUACCCAUUAACAUGGUCAAGGGUAUUGGUCACCUGCGCGAUCCACGUCUCAACAAGGGAUUGGCGUUCACGUUGGAAGAACGAAUAGCUCUGGGUAUCCACGGCUUGCAGCCGCCAAGAUUCAAGACCCAGGAGGAGCAACUUGCGCUGUGCAAAGCCUCGGUAAUGAAGUACACCGAGGACCUCAACCGUUAUCUCUACCUCGUCGAGCUGCAGGAGAGGAACGAGCGCUUAUUCUUCCGUUUGCUCAAAGAGAACAUCGAGCAAAUGAUGCCUAUCGUGUACACGCCGACGGUCGGUCUUGCCUGCCAAAAGUUCGGCGUUAUUUACCGCCGACCGCGUGGACUCUUUAUUACCAUUUACGACAAGGGCCACGUUUACGAAAUUCUCAACAAUUGGCCAGAGCAGGCGGUACGCGCGAUCUGCGUAACCGACGGCGAGCGGAUCCUGGGUUUGGGUGAUUUGGGCGCCUGUGGCAUGGGUAUACCGGUAGGUAAACUUGCAUUGUACACUGCAUUGGCUGGCAUCAAGCCACAUCAGUGUUUACCAAUCACCAUCGAUGUGGGCACCAACAACGAGCAGCUACGUAACGAUCCACACUACAUUGGCUUAAACAAACCUCGCACUUUCGGACCUGAAUACGAUGAAUUGCUCGAUGAAUUCAUGGCCGCUUGCGUGCAAAAAUACGGCCAGAACGUACUUAUACAGUUCGAAGACUUCGGCAAUCACAAUGCCUUCCGCUUCCUUGAUAAGUAUAGAAACAAGUAUUGCACGUUCAACGACGACAUACAGGGUACUGCUGCCGUAGCUGUUGCCGGGGUUCUUGCCUCGCAGAGGCUUACGCAAAAACCCAUGAGGAACAAUAAGUUUGUCUUCCUUGGUGCUGGCGAGGCUGCUAUCGGAAUCGCGGACCUGUGCGUAAAGGCAAUGGUAGCCGACGGUCUGCCGGAAGAUGAGGCGCGCGAUAACAUUUGGAUGCUGGACAUCGACGGUCUGCUGACCACAACCCGUACUAAAGGCGAUUUGGAUGGCCACAAGAUUUACUACGCCAAAAAUCAUGAACCUAUUGAGGGCCUCAUCAAUGUCGUUAAAAAGGUCAAGCCGUCGAUUCUCAUAGGUGCCUCGGCCGCAGCCAACACAUUUACCCCGGAGGUUUUGCAAGAGAUGGCUAAAAAUAAUGAGAGGCCUUUGAUCUUUGCACUGAGUAAUCCGACCAGUAAAGCCGAGUGUACAGCACAAGCGGCUUACGAGCACACAGAGGGUAGGUGUAUAUUCUCAUCGGGCUCGCCAUUCGGCGAAGUUCAAUACAAUGGCAAGACUUUCAAACCGGGUCAAGGCAACAACGCCUACAUCUUCCCAGGAAUUGCGUUGGGCGUGAUUGCAACUGGUUGCCAUCACAUCACCGAGGAUAUGUUUUUGCUCGCUGCUCAAGAAGUUGCGAAUAACGUAUCGAACGAGGAUCUGCAGAGGGGAAGUGUGUACCCACCCCUUAGUACUAUUCAAGAGUGCUCUAUUGACAUCGCUUGUAAAAUUGCUGACUAUGCUUAUCGACAUGGUAACUUGGCUAGCGAAUAUCCAGAACCAAAGGAUAAGCGAGAAUUCAUCACCGGUAAAAUGUACGACUGCAAUUACGACAGUCCACUUCCAAAUAUGUAUUCGUGGCCAACGGAAUUCUGUCAUCCGCGCAUAUUACCCGAAAACUUGUAACGCGCUGAUGAUAUGCUCACAAGAGAGGCAAGAAGCAAAUAACACAUUGUUUAAAAAAAACGCUCUCACACAAACAUCUAUGUGUACACAAAGGUAUUUUUGUCCAUAUCGCACGCAGUCAUAGCGAACAACUUUAUUUGAUUUUCUUAACAGUUUGUCAGGGCAAAGUUAUCGUAAUAGACGUCAUCGUAUUUGCGCGCACAGUUCGCUAAAACCGUGAAAUUGUCAAUGUAAUUUUUUCUGUCGUGUUUCAAAAGCUUUAAUUUCGAAAGCUUUCCAAAUCAUACAUUCUAUUCAGAUGCUCAGUGCAUUAUAUUCAGACAAUUUUCUCCUCUUAAAUAUAGAAAAAGAAAUGUUUAUUUACGAAUAAAAUUGAAGCGCGAUGUACAAGAUCUCAUUUUCAUUAGAAAUUUACGUAUUCAUUUGUUUCUUAUUUAUUAUGAUCAAACUAUCGUUAAGAAUGAAUUAACAUUUUGAUAAAAGUAAUUUUUAUUUAUAUGUAAGAAUAAUACAAUAAAGUAUUAAUGAUAGUGAUCGUUUCAACUUUUAUAACUAUUGAUAAUAAUAGUUUACCAACAGUUCGACUUAAUAUAAAAUAUGAUUGAGAUCACAAUUUAUUAUAACAAAACUAUGUUUUGUAUUUUCAAAGUGUUCAAAUGGAAUUCAGCUAGACAAAUCUACUAAGUAAUAAAAUAACAGUUUUAAAAGUAUUUUAAAAAAGUAUUCAGUGUAGCUUUGUAAUUACUAGAAAAUAAAAAUAUCUAAGAAGAUUUACAUCGUAGUAUACAUGUUUAAAAAUCUUAAGUAACAUCCGACACCUCAUUAUAUCUUGUCGCGCUUCAAUUAUAUCAUUUGAUGUGUAUACCAAUGGCUUUAAUACUGCUUUAGCGAAACAUAUAUUACAAGCAACAAAAUGAUGAUAUACAUAAAGUACUUCAUUUUCUAUAAAUCUGUUGACAGACUGCGAGAUUAUCGCACGAAAGUCAUUGAUUGUGAUUUUUUGAAAGAAAAAUAACAUUAUUUAUAAAACAUUUUGAAUAUUGGAAACAAGCAAAACAGUAUUUUUUGUAUGUAUAUAUAAUAAAGCUGCAACUAGAUUACAGCAUUGCAAAUUUUAUGUAUUAAAUUUCACUACUGACAGUAAUAAAAAAGCGGAGACUUGUGUUAACACGUGGUUCCUACGAUAUGUGAAAAUAUAGCAAAUUAUUAUAUAGGUAGCUAAUUGUGAACUGUGUACAUUUAUGUUUAAUCAUACUGCUAUAUGUUUCAAAGCAUGUAAAAAUGGAGAUAUAUGUUGGAUAAUUUUUUAAAGCGAUUUUCAAAUACUGUAAUGUGCGCAACAACGUUUGAAAAUGAAAAUUCUAUUCUUUGUAACUGUUCAAUUGUGAAUCUUUUCAUUGUUGCAUUGCGUCCUUCAAUGAAUGGAUGUCAAAAUUAUUAUAAAAUGGCAAAGAAUAAAUU